AUGAAUCAUUUUCAGUUUGUUUACAGUUAUCACCCAAGUGGUACUGAUGUCUCUGAGGCGGCCCCUGUGACCACGAAGGUUUUAAUCAUAGCUGAUGGAUAUGUGUCCUUUAAAGAGAGCACCAAUGUCUCCUUGUUUAAUCUUGCCCUGUUCUCAUUGACCAGAAAUGGCAUGGAAGUUGUUCUGGAAGAUGCCCUGCCAGGCUUUUCAAAGUUGCAGAUGUUAUUGCUGGAGCACAAUCAAAUAUACAGCUCUUUGCUCACUGUUCACUCCUUCAGCAAACAUUACAACCUGCAGAUACUGGAACUUAGCAUCUGGAUUUCUCUGAUUUCCUGCAUUGGGAAAGAUGACCUCCAGUCCCUGCCUCAACCAAAGGAAAUGGACCCUUCCAGAAAUAUGUUCGUCCACAUGCCAUAUAUUUUUAAUUCAAGGAAGCAAUUAAUCCUCUUGAGUUUAGAUAAGAAUGAGUGGAGUUGCAGUUGUGAAAUCCACUCCCUUGCUCCAUUUUUAAGAAAUUACAUGAAGUCUUCUGUUCACACAUCCAUAAAUGCCAAGGAUCUAAAUUGUCAGCUUCUCAUCACAACAGCAAUGGCCGCAGCAAAAAAUGUGCUGAGGCUGUCAGAUACCAGCUGUGAUUCCAAGGCUCCCAACCUCACUCUGGUUCUAAAGGACGGAAGAGCCCUCCUUCCAGGGCAUGAUGUGGCCCUGCUGACUGUUCUUGGCCUUGCAGGAGCUGUUGGUCUUACUUGCCUAGGCUUAGUUAUAUUUAACUGGAAACUUCAACAAGGCAAAGCAAAUGAACACAUAUCAGAAAAUCUUUGUUGCAGAACCUCCGAUGAAUCCCUGUGUGCUCAUGAGGCAAGAAAUUACCACGCUCAGGGAUACUGUAACUGCCACUUAACUCAGGAAAACGAGAUAAAGGUCAUGUCCAUUGUGGGGUCCAGAAAGGAAAUGCCACUUUCACAGGAAAAUAGCCAUCAAGUAGCACUGGCCUCUGAAUCCACAGUCCUUGACAGAUCAUUUAGAAACCUGAAAGGCAAGAGCCAUGGGGCAGACAGCACUUUCUUCUAUGCUGGUGGCAGAUUGUUGAAGUCUGCAUGUUCAGAGCCUCCUGAGACUAUGGCAGCUUUUAAUGAAGCAGGUUUACUUACAAGAUACUGUCCAGAGAGAUUUGAAAGCCUAAGGAAUCUUGAACCUGGGAAAGACCAGCCUAAAACUCUUCCGCAGUACAUAACAACAGUAGCAGAUACCAGCAAUGACACAUUUAGUAGAAGAUAUGCAACACCCGCUUCAGGCUUGGCAAGAAAAAAUCUUGAAAAGCAUUUAACAAAUGAAUCAUGGCAGCCUCCCAUAGAAAAGGGAGACAAUGGCUUACAACCUCACAGGCAAAGACAUUUUAUUACAAGCUCCUCAUCUAAGCCUUGUGAGCCUGAGGAACACUACGCACAAAAGAUCUUAGAAAAACAUAGAUCAAAAUAUCACGAUCCUUGUGGACUAUUGAAACAGAACAGGCCUAGGUAUUUUCAGCCAAGCAAUUCUCUUAUCUGUAAAUAUGUGCCCUGUGAUCAGUUUCUAGAUUAUAUGAAGAAAAAGAAGCCAAAUCAUAGAGACCAUUCAAAGCCUGAAAAAGAACAAUUCCAAAUUAACAGUGCAAUAGAAAAAUUCCUUAUGAAUGAGGACAACAUGAAGUUAUCAAAUUUACCAAUAAAAAUCAAGGAAACAUACACCCCAAAGAAGUUUCAUUUCCACAACUUUGGUUUAGCUGAGAAAAAUCGAUUUGUGAUUUCACCCAAAUCAUCAACCCAUUGGAAACAGACAAAUCAAAGUAGCCACACAAUAAAAACGCAACAAUCUCAGGAUCUCAAAAAACACAACAAUCCUCAGGUGAAAAACCAAGGAGAAAAGUGGUUCACUGAUCCACAGAUUCUGAAAAGAAAGAGAACCAAUCAAUCUGACCUCAAAGGAAAGUUUAAAGGACAAAAUUUACGGAUAAAAUUAAAUGUGCAUCCUUUUAGAAAAGUCAGGGUUCAUCCAGAAAAGAUCUUGCCAGUGCUCCCAAAGAAACGCAAACAUGUCUUAUUUCCUAAUAAAUUAUCCAAAGCUUCUGACAAAGAAGCCAAAAUAAACCUUAUGACCUCUGUAGAUUUUCACCAACAGCCAGAGAGUAACAGCUAUGUUAGGUUCACUUCAAAGCCGUUGCCUUGCAAACAUGCUCCAAAGCAGACCCCAUACUACAAAGAAAACACCAAAAAGGCCCUUCUGCUCAGCACUAACUUGUCUUUAGUCAGCCAGAGUUCAGUAGAAGAUAAAGGCUGCCAUGAUGGGCACAUUCCAGCUGGAAACUCAUCAACAUUACCUCAGCCCAUACUCAUGCUAGCUGAGUAUCAGAACUCACACACUCAGCUCUCAACUGAGCAAAUGGAAGACUCCACUCACCUCUCAUUGGAAGUACCAAGUUACUUGCCAGCUAUUAGGAAAAGCAUCCCAAGUGUUCUUCCAUGCCACCAUUCCAGGGAGGUGACAGACCAAGCAUCAACAGAGUCGACUAAGCACUUAGAACAAGACAAAUCAAUGACCACUGACCAGGUUUCUUGGUCCUUAGGGAAUCAAACACAACUUCUAGGUGUUCACAAGACUGGCACCGACAAAGAACAUACUCCAGAUAAGAAUCAAACUUUUCAACAAGUAGAACAAGACUCAAGUUAUGAAAUACUUGGAGAAAGAGGAAAACUGUUAAUGACAAGACCCCAGAUAUUACAUAAAAUUGCAGAAACUUGUCUUAUGGAUGAGGAGCAUGAUAUGGGGAACAAAAGUCUGAAAACAGAAACAGGAGAUUUCAUUCUCAUUCCCCGGACACAGUCCAAGGACAGCCUAACACUUGCAAAGAUAAAUUCUAUUCCAUACCAAAAUAGAACAGAGCUUCCCAAGGAUAUCAGUACUUCUCUCCCUACUCAAGCCAUUUGGCAACUAACCAAUAAGAGUGAAGAGGGAAUUGACAGGACAGACGCAUUGCCAAGAGAUGACGGCACUGAAGCACUAGAGAUAAAAAUAAUAGCGAAAGAAGAGGGAAAAACACCUGAUAAAAGCAUGGCAAAUUCUAGCACGUCAAUUCAGACAGUACAGAUGACCUUAAAAGGCACCACAAAAGAAAAGCAGCGGACUUGGGGAAAGGGAAAAAGUGAAAAACAUGAAUCAUCUGAAUCAAGUUCUGGUGAGACCACCAUUACAGCUAAGGAGUUGAGUGUUACAAGAUCCCAUGGAACUGAAAAUAGAGUACUUUGUAGUGAAAGUGAAAGUGAUCUUCAAAUUAACAAGAAAACACAUGAUUUAAGAGAUAAUCAAAAUAUUCAACCAGAUACAGAUAACGGAGAACAUGAAGAAGGUGCAUCUACAAUGGAGACACAAGAAGUACUUUCCCUCUUACCAGACUUAAAAAACAGUGGUUUUGAGAAAGAAAAUGAAGUGUCUCAAAUUCCUAGAAAAAAUGAAGCUGAAAACUCUGUUCCAAAACCUAUGUUGCAUUUACCAACUGCUGAAUAUGCUAAUACAUCACUUUUAGAGUCAGAACAAAAUAACUCAAAUAAUAAUCACUUUUUACCUUAG